CCGCUGGGCAUGUCCUAGCAGCUCCGUGCCUUCUCCAAACACACGCGCUCUCUCUCCUCCUCUCUCUCUCCCUGCACACAGUCUGGCUGCAGCGCCGUGCUUGUGAGACUGAGGAGCCCCAGUGCUCAGUGAGUGCACGGCUCUACUUGUGAACCCUCUCCAGCCUCAGUGCUCAGCGACUGCAGGGAGCUCUGUUUGUGAACGCUCUCUAGCCUCAGUGCUCAGCGAGUGCACGGCGCUGUGCUUGUGAACGCUCUCCAGCCUCAGUGCUCAGCGCUCUGCUCCUGGCAGGUGCUACGGAUCAAACAAUACCUGACCCUUCAAGGGAGAGGGAGAGAGAGGCGCUGCACACCGAGAAGCAGGGACAGAGGGAGGAACUGUACUGUUUGCCUGCUGUUCUUAGGAGCCAGCGGAGUGGAAAGAUAAAGGAGGAGAGCGCAGGAGGGAAGUUUGUGCAGGGGCAGCCUGCUUCCCUGCUGGGAUACUGAACAGGGCAGACUGGGGGAGAGGAGGCGCUCGGGACUACAAUGGACCCUGUGCCACCUCUAGCGGGAGCCCAGCGUGCCUGGAGUAGUACUGACAGCAUGGCUACAGUCCGGGGAGGAAGGAGCUGCUCUCAGUGAGCUCUCAUGUGUCCUCAAGCUAUGCUGCCUGGGUAUGGAUUUCCUCCGCUCCCUGGCUUCCAGCCCCCCCUCCAAGCGUUCCCCUACCCAGGAGAGAGUGCCGACAUGUGGAUACCCAGCUCACCCGAGUCCCCGGCUCUGAGCGAGGGCCUGAAGGACAGGCCGUUCCCCCGCCACCCCCACAUCGCCGUGUGCCAGCAGGAGACGCUGACCUUCAUCGAGCUGCCCAGCCUCCCUGUGGAGGCCGGCAGGGGGCGCUCCCCCUCCCCGGUUGAGGAAGGCCGUCCUCGCGCCGGGGGCCGGGCGGAGGCUGUGUGCUCCUCCGGUGGGGCUGCGGACGCGGACGGCGGCUCAGGAGACAGCGACGGGACAAGCGCAGGCCCUGUCCCGGUGGACUCGGAGGGGACCUCCGUACCCCCUCUUUCUCUCCCACUCCCACACCCCCUUACCUUGUCCCUCCCCCCGCCCCCCACCCAGAGCGACAGGGACUCCUACCAGUCGUCCUCUCCGGGCUCCUCCCUGGGCUCGGGGCUGCGGAGUCCGGAGCUGUGCCGGCCACAGAGGCGCCCCUCGCAGAGCUCCACGCGGGAGAAGAGCGCCCGGCGCAAGAUGCGGGUGUACUCCCCAGAGAGCCUGAGCGACGAGUCCCUGAGCAGCCCCAGCCUGGAGUGCGAGUACCUCUUCCCCGGCCCCUUCCUCGAGGAGGAGCUGGGCCUUGGUGCGCUGCCGCACUGCCCCGCCCCCCCAGCAGGGGGAGCCGAGGACGCCUCACAGGGAGAGGUGACGGCUGCGACUCCCCCAGGCCUGCGCCUGGAGGGGAAGCGUGGAGCGGGGCCGGAGGGGCCGGAGGGGAGUGUUGCCGCGGACACCGCCGGCCCCAGCUCGCGCAGUGCCGAUCAGGAGCGCCGGAGGUUUUCGGCCUCCGAGCUGAUCAGCCGGCUGCAGCUGUCCCAGAGGAAGAGCUCCUUCACCCUGAAGCUGGGGAAGUCCCUGUCCGCUCGAGUGGCGCCGAAGGAGAGGGUCGGCCCGCGCAGCCUCAGCCCUGACAGUGAGUCUCCCCCGCGCGGGUCCUGGCGGUCUGGGGUGCCCUGGCGGAGAGGGGAAAAGGGUGAAUAGGUUACACUUUAGAAGCGGCCAUGUGGCCCAUCUGGUUCUCCCAUCCAGUUCGUCUCCUUGACCUCUUGAC